AAUAAUAGCCAAUAUUAUGAUUGUAUGCCCUCCUUAAGUAAUCAUGGCCAAUUAUUACACGGGGUAGUUAACGGCUACUAAGAUGUUCCUCAUUUGAGAUUGAGACUUAUUUUAACCUAUUUAAAGUGUACCUUCCCAGAAAAUAUUUAUGAUAUAAAUGAGUGAAUGAAAUGGAAAAUGUUUAUAUUAUAUGCUUUAAGUUAGGUAGGGCUACAUAUUUGUAAUUAUUGAAUGUCAUUUUGAUUUCGGUCCAACAUUAUACCAGGUACAUCUUUGUAGCUAUUUAGGGUCUAUGUACUAGAAAUGGCUAAAUUUUCCCUACAUACGACUAGGUAUUGUCUAUUUUAAGGCAGCCCUUUCUAUGAGACUCGUGACGCCCAUUUGUCAGCUCGAGUGGUUAUGAUAGAAGCAGCCGGUCUGCCUUCAACACACUAAAGCCAGGGUUAAUGUCAUGUUUCUGCCGUCUGCGUUUUGUGUACAUCCAGUGUAACACACAGAAUUUAAAUAUCCUUUAACACAACUGAGCCGAGAAAACGAAUGAAAAUCGCCGAACCGACUGACCUCCCCGCUUCGCUUUAUAGCUGUAGGUGAACGAUGACGGAGUACAAGCUUGUGGUGGUGGGGGCUGGAGGCGUGGGGAAGAGUGCGCUCACCAUCCAGCUCAUCCAGAACCACUUUGUGGACGAGUACGACCCCACCAUCGAGGACUCGUAUCGGAAGCAGGUGGUGAUCGACGGCGAGACGUGCCUGCUGGACAUCCUGGACACUGCAGGUCAGGAGGAGUACAGCGCCAUGCGGGACCAGUACAUGAGGACCGGAGAGGGCUUCCUCUGCGUCUUCGCCAUCAACAACACCAAGUCCUUCGAGGACAUACACCACUACAGGGAGCAGAUCAAGCGGGUGAAGGACUCCGAGGAUGUCCCCAUGGUGCUCGUGGGGAACAAGUGUGACCUGCCCUCGCGCACGGUGGACACCAAGCAAGCUCAGGACCUGGCCCGCAACUACGGCAUCCCCUUCAUUGAGACCUCUGCUAAAACCAGACAGAGAGUGGAAGAUGCCUUUUAUACACUGGUGCGGGAGAUCAGGGAGCACCGGCUAAAUACGCUAAGCAAGGAGGAAAAGACUCCGCGCUGCGUGAAGCUUAGGAAGUGCGUUGCGAUGUGAAAGGGGGUGUGGACGACGCCUUCUACACGUUAGUGCGGGAAAUCCGCAAGCACAAGGAGAAGACCAGCAAAGAGGGGAGGAAGAAGAAGAAGAAGAAGUCGAAGGCGAAGUGCGUGGUCAUGUGAACAGCCGUCCCUUCUCCCAACGAGGAACUAAAGAAACGACAAACGACGACAGAAAAAGAAAAAAAAAACAAAUUCUUAAAAUGUGCCUAACUGAAAGUAUUAUUUUGUACAUUUAACACUAAAUUAUUAACUCCUGUUUUCAAUCGGUGUCACAAACGGUUGCCGGGGACGAUGUUCUCUGCGGUUGGCUAACUGAUACAAGCCCAGGUUAGCCGGAGUUCUCCUGAGUGCCAGGGGUUUGUGUAGCCCUUUACCAUGAUAGGGUCACCAGACUAUUGAAAUUUGAUUGCGGUGCGGCUGUUGAUGGAAUCGGAAAUGGACCUUAGUGAUAGCUUGAGGGGUAUUUGUGUGGCAUUUUAAGACUUGGUGUCGGGUAUUUGAAUUGUAAUAAUAAACGAGAAAAGAAUCUCUGCAAUGCUGGGGACUGACUGUUAGCUCUGCUCUCUCAAAAGUGGUUGUCAGUAAAAUAUGAAAUAUGGCCUAAUAAUAAUAAUAAUGAUGAUGAUGAUGAUAAUUAUAAGGGGGCCAAUCACCUUUAGCCAUAACUGUGGGACUUGUGGUCGUUGCACAUUUGUCAUUAACCAACCGGCUUAGCAGAGUCUUAAUGUGGGCCUCAUAAUGGGAAGAAAUUAUGACAAAUUAAAAACUGAAAUCUUAGUCGCGCCCCCCCCCCACCAAAAAAAAAAAAAUUAUUAUAAAACCGUUUUGUUCAAUGCCACAGUAAUGGCACUGCUUGAUUUACUUAUUUAUUUUCCGGUUUGAGUUUUUUGCCCCUCUUCCCUGAAACAUCUUCACGGAGGUCUGUCUGAGAGCCCGACGCCGCGACAGGAAAGCGGGUUACUGGUCGUGCCAAAGAGUCUCACCACACUUUAAAUACAUCACCUUGGGCGUGGUCAAGAAAUUUAAACCGUAUUAUGGGUCGAGCCUAACUUCUAAUGGAUCGUAAAGGUAACCAGCUAGUAAUCCAUAGAGUCAUUAGCCUAUUAAGACUGGCGAUGUUAAUUCUGAGAGAUUUUUUUUCUUCAGAUAGGGCCUGGUUGAGGGAGCCAAAGGACUGUUCUAGAAAGCGUUUCUCAAAAAAGAUGAAUCGCUGUGGCUAAUUACUGUGUGCCAUAAACAAAGGAAGCGGCACAUUGAGCCUGAAAGAGCGCAGAGGCUGGGGUUAACCCUUGGGCUGUGCUCUUGGGCUGUGCUCUUGGGCUGUGCUCUUGGGCUGUGCUCUUGGGCUGUGCUCCUGGGCUGGGCUCUUGGGCUGGGCUCUUGGGCUGGGCUCUUGGGCUGUGGUCUUCAUGUGACCAGCAGUGCAUUACCCAGGUAUAUGUGGAAGAACACAUUAGUCCUGACAUUGACGGAAAAGUAAGAAUAGCGAAGGCAAAGACAGAACCUUUUGUUCCUCUCUCUUUUUAUCACUUUUUAUCCUGGAUUCUUUCCCCUCGUGCUCAUGUGGAAUUUCAUGGAAUGGCUAGGGCAAUUCCAGAACCAUCCAGAGUCUUCUUCCAUUAUCCUGCUUGCUGUUUGUCCCUCCUUGACCUUGAUUUUACUUUUCCAAAGAGUCUGCAAAGUACUAAUUUGAAAAGUCAUUCAAGACUAUGCAUUUUAAUUGCCUGAAAUAUCCUUCAUCCCUUGGAAAAUAGGGCCAAUUAAAAACACACUAAAACUUAUUUUUAAAAAAAAGUGAAUUAUAUGUUUAAACUUUGUAAAUAUGAGCAAGAUCCAACGCAUACAUUUUCUAUCAUAUCUGUUUUCCUGGAUUGAUUUUAAUAGUGAUUGGUGGUAAUUUAAAUUCUUAAGUUUAGUUUUUAGACAAUUUGGCGAUACUUAGCAUCAAGCGGCACAUAGGCUAACAAAUCAUAAUUUUUCGGUUUUAACGAGCCUGCUUGAAAAAUAUUUCUCUGUCCUUGAAACUGGCUGAAGCAGGUGGGAGGAGCUCAAUUGACCAAUCCAGUCGAAUAUGCAAAUGACAGCCGAUUUUAAAUAUCGCAGCACUGGUAGCAUAAGCAAUAUCCUGAGCUUCCGAGUGACCCAGUAAAUAAAGGGGACUUCGGCAAGUACCGGCUAGGCUACGCGGUCACGCUACGAGUUCAGGCCUGGCUGCGAUAGGCGACGCCCUGGCCCGAGAGAGGUUAUCGACGGAAGGCGACGUUUUUCCUGCGACGGGCGACGGGCGACUCCGCGUUACGCGACUCGCCGUCGGUGGAACUCGACUUCGGGCGGCUAACGCCGUGCUAACCGUCUCCGCGCUCCUCCUUUCAAACUAACCCGAUCGACUGGAGAAUCGGCAGAUGACCCGGUGACGGGUCUCGCUGCACAGCUUUCCCUUCUGCUAAGGACCGGACGUGAACACGGGCAGCGUUUGGUUACUUUUAAACUGUAUCGCGGACGGCACGCAUGUGCAUAUCGGAACAGGGGCCGAUUUGGUUAAUAUUGCCAUCUUUUUAAGGCAAAGUGCCAAAACAAGCCACACCUAAGUCCUGCACACUUUUAUAUGCCAUUGAGGCAAUGGUUUAGUAAGUAUGUUUAGCAGCGUAAUAAUAAGCAUAUAUACCCUUUAGUCUCUUAAAUACUCUUUAUUUAUAUUGAGCGCUAUAUUGGGGACAAACAUGGAAGUCACUGACAACAGCAUCUUCAUCUGGAACAGUUCUAAGAAGUAAACAUGAGACCUUUUUCUUGGUAAAUAUUUCACAAAUUAGUUUUUUUUUAAUUUUUUAAAAUAUAUUUGGGGCUCUUAUCAGCUAUUCUUUCUAAGCUUGCGUUGAGGACUAAGGAAAACGUAAGGAGAAGUGCAGCAGCUCUAAGCACCUGUUGGACCCAAAGCGAAAAGCAAUAAUGCAUUUUACUGAAGCGGAACAAACCGCGCAGCAAAAGUGGGUGGAGCUGACAACCGAUUGCGGUGAUUUCGGAUAGAAAUCCUGAGCGUUUCGGUUGGUUUAGCUUUCAGACUUAUCGGUGAUUUGGGUAGCUCAUUGUAGCAACACCCAAGUAAGGGGCUCACGAAGUCUCGUUCUCCAUCGCCAAGAGUCUGUAUUAAAUGGCCGAGCGAGGCCUGUAACGGAUGGCAAGGUUUUAAGAAGCAUACCGAAAAUUGAUUCCUAAUAGUGCAUAAGCAUUCUCUGACCUUGACCCAGCUAUAUCUUGUAACAUCUUAUUUUCUCCUUUGAAACUUGUAUUGAGUGUAUUUAGUUGUAUGUUUUAUAAUUACGGUGAAUAUUGCUGCAUAUCAGAGCCCAGCGAACACAGAACGUCCUCGCAACGUUACUGGAAUGUCUUGUCGAUGGCAUAACGUUCGCAUGACGUCGCGGCAACGUUUCGAGAACGUUUCGUGCUCGCUGGGAAGUAACACUCCGCGGUUCUGAAAUGUUUCCUUCCAUGUUAGUAAAACUUUAUUUUUUUGUUCUCGUCUCCAUUCGGUUUGUUUAAAUGUGUGAUGUUUACCUGGAAUGCAUUUAAACAACCUUUGUAUAGAUACAGUUCUGAAAAGUGCAGUUUGCUUUUGUGUGUGUGUGCUUGUUGGGCUGGGUGUGAAGUGUGCGUGUGUGUGUGUGUGCCUGCGUGUUUGUUUGUGUGCGUGUGUGUGUGUAAAUUUGACCUUUUCCGGGGAAACAAAACUGUUUUAAGUCUGGUUUUGGAAUUUUGUCAGGGUGUGAAUCUGGAAUGGAGAUGGGUCCUGAUUGGGCAGAAAAAAUGACCACUGUGUGACGCCAUCCUUUAAUGUUUUCUUGGAGUAUGCGGUAUGUAGGGAGAAAUUUCACGACUCCUAUUUAAGGUAUAAUAAAGAAAUGAAAGUAAAAUGUUAA